UUUUCUUUUUAAUGGAGUAAGAAAAACAAAUGAAUUUCGAAUCCAAAUCGAAACACAAGAAAAAAAAUAAACAAAUAAUAAAAACCCUAUAAAAACGAUCGCAUAAAACUCCGACAACUAUAGAAUAACAAAAUUUAUGGUAAACGUUUGAUAUUUUGUAUUUUUUUGUUUUAAUUUUUUGUAAAAUCAUGAAUAGUUUCUGUUUUAUAAAGUGAAACCAUUUGCUGCAUGUGCAAAUAAAUAAAGGAAAAAAAACUUAACAUAACAAAAGAAAAGAAAUUUGAAUUGAAUGAAUACAAAGCAAAAAAAGCACUUUAUAAAUAUUUUGGUUAUUCGAUAUCCCUCAUAAUUUCUCAUCAUCAACAACAAAAAUAAAAAAUUAAUUGCAAAUAAACACAACAAACAAAAGAAUAAUAAACACCAAUUAAAUAAAAAUUUUAAGAAAAUACUAACCUACAGUCUAAAAUUAUAUGAGUUUCUAUGCAAAUAACCAAAUUUCUAAGGUGAUCUGAGUUUAAAAUCAGAAUUCAAUUUCAUAUUAAUCAUUUAAAAAAAAACAAACAAAACAAAGCCGGUCAGAGUAGAGCUGUAUAAAUAUUUAAUUUAUUAAAUCAUCACAUAAUAAACAACAAACAAAAUCCGAACGUUCCGAUAAAUCACAUCAAAUUGGAUUAAUUUCUAUUGAUAUUCAGAAAAAGCAGAAAUGGCUUCCAGCAAUAAUACCCACACAAAAACUAGCAGUAAAAGAAGAAGAAAAAGACACAAUCACAGACGAUUUACACAACAACAGCAGCAACAACAAUACCAAGAGCAACACACCUCUUUGACCGCCAUUCCUUCACCAACAGUAACAACAACAUCAGCAACAACACUACCAUCAACAUUCACCUCCUGCCUCUCCCACAACAACUCCUCAACGUCAUUAUUAUCAUCAUCACUAUCGUCAUUAUCAUCCUCAUUCUCCUCAUCCAAUUCAUAUUCAUGCCGAGAAUUUACAAAAAACACAACAACAACAACAGCAAAAUCAAAAUGUUGUGCAACAACGACGUCGUCGACAAUGACGAUAACACGACGACAUCUUUCCACCACUGCCUUGUUAAGCUGGACAACGGCAUAUCGAAUAUUGACAAUCAGCCUGCUAAUUGGCAUUCUCAGUCCGUCGUCAGUGUUGUGCGUGGAUCCCAAAUUUGAUCCAUCGACGCGUAUGCGUCUCGUUCUAGUGCCAGCCGAUGCCCAGGUCGGCUCAGUCAUUUACAGAUUGCGUGCCACUGACGAAGAGUUCGACUAUCCAUUGACCUUUGAGUUUGUGGGCGAUGCUUCAUCGUCAACGGUCAAGAUUGAAUCGCUUCCAUGCACCAAGUACAAUUCGGUGUGCCAGGCGAAUGUCGUAUUAUCGCGUCGCCUGGAGCCCGGACGCUAUUACGACUUCCAGGUAUCGGUGAAGGACACAAAGGGAGGCAUGGCCACUCAAUUGUGUUCAAUAACAGCCACCAAUUUUACAACGCCACACGACCUCAUCUUUCCCCACAAACCCGGCAUCAUUAUGAUACCAGAGGAUGCUAAACGUGGCACCGAAUUGGAUUAUGUGAUUGCACGUAAAAAUCCAUUAUUCCAGAAACCAGUCUACCUCGAACUAUGGGGCUCUCCCCUUUUUGCCAUAAGACAAAAAAUUGUUUCUCCUGAAACAACAGAAGGAACUAUAUUUUUAUUGGGACCAUUGGAUUUUGAGAAACAAGCCAUGUACCAUUUGACCAUAUUGGCAAAUGAUGCUUACGCUGAACCUGGCCAAGAUAGUCGAAAUAUAGCUGGUAUGGAGAUUGUUGUUAUUGUACAAGAUGUUCAAGAUCAGCCGCCAGUGUUUACGAUGGCACCACCUGUAACAAAACUACCACCUGGCAUACUUCCUGGUGACAAGAUACUUCAAGUUCAUGCUGAAGAUGGUGACAAGGGUAGUCCACGUGAAGUACGUUACGGUCUUGUUUCGGAGGGAAAUCCAUUUACAUCAUUUUUUGACAUCAACGAUACAAGUGGCGAAAUCUUUCUAAUGCGACCUCUAGAGGAUAUCGCUGCAAUCACGCAUGUGGGCGAUCCCGUCUUGCUCACAGUAAUUGCGGAAGAGGUUAAGGUUGGUCGUGACGAACCGCCAGCAAUGGCUUCCACCGUUCAAUUGGCAUUCUUUUUACCCGAGCGUACCAAUUCGCCACCAUAUUUUGAGAACGAUCACUAUGUUUCACGAGUCGAUGAGAAUGCUCCCCAAGGUACAGCUCUGACAUUUGUUGAUCCGUAUGUGCCGCGUGUGUAUGACGAUGACACUGGCAAAAAUGGCGUAUUCUCGUUGACGUUACUCAACAAUAACGGAACAUUCGAGAUCUCGCCUAAUGUAGCCGAACGUAGUGCGUCAUUCUUAAUACGAGUUCGUGACAACAUCCUGUUAGACUAUGAGGAACGUCAAACUGUCGAAUUUCAGAUUUUAGCUCAGGAACUGGGACCAGCAACUAAUCUCUCAGCCAUUGUAAAUGUCACCGUUUACAUCAACGAUGUCAAUGACAAUCCUCCAAUCUUUACGCAGCCUGUGUAUACGGUUGAGCUGCCCGAAAACAUGACGGUCGGUACCAAGGUCGUUCAAGUGCAUGCUGAUGAUGUGGAUACCGGCAUGGGUGGUCGUGUUCGAUAUACAGCCAUACUGGGUUAUCUAAAUACCUCAUUGAAUUUGGAUGCCGAAACGGGCUUAAUAACAGUGUCCACAAACAAUCACGGUUUCGAUCGUGAAGUCAUGCCCGAGUAUCAUUUGUACGUGGAGGCACGUGACAAUGAUGGUACCGGCAACAGAGCUCAAGUGCCGUUAGUAAUUAAGUUGAUUGAUGUGAAUGACGAAACGCCGAUAUUUGAAAAGGAAGUUUAUGAAUUUAUUUUGGCUCCAGAUUUAAAAAGCUUCACCACAACUGCCGUCAUACAUGCAGUGGACAAGGAUGCUACUGCCCCCAACAAUGAAGUACGAUAUGAGAUUAUCAAUGGCAACUAUGACAAUAAUUUUGCACUGGACAAAGUCACAGGCGAACUAACUGUCCGGGAAAAAAUAAAUUUUCGUGCCAAAAAAGAGGUUUCCGUGAGAAACAGAAGACAGACAAUGACGUCAUCCUCGCCCUCGGCCGAAGAGCAAAAUAUCUUUAUACUUACAGCUCGUGCUUAUGAUUUGGGAGUGCCGGUUCGAUCUAGUACAACCACCAUACGCAUAUAUCCGCCAGAAAGUCGUACGCGAGCUGUUACCUUUGUAGUGCCGGGCUUGAAUCCAGAUAAAGCUAAAACCGAAGAGACAUUGUCAACUAUUACGGGAGGCAAAGUGAUCAUACACGAAAUUCGAGCAUUGAAACCCGACGAACCAGGCGCACAAAAUAUCCCACCUUCGGGUAAUCCGGAUAUCAAGGACAGAAGCGUAGUCACUGCCACAGUACUCUAUGAUAGUUCGUCAGUUGUCGAUAUAUCACAAAUCCAACAGCGCCUGUCUCAGCAUAAUAGUUCCUUUGCCAUUAUGACCGGUCGGGAGGCCAGCACGAGCGAAACAGAUGAUCUUACCCCAUUGCAGACCCUGUACAAAGCUGAAAAUAAACUAUUAUUUUGGUUGUUAAUACUACUUGCCACACUGGUGGCUUUGACCAUACUGAUACUGCUGUUGUGCUGUAUCUGUUCCUGGUGUCCACUGUAUGGAGCUACUAGCAAAAGAAUAGUUAAUAUCAGUAGAACUGAAGACGAUGUUCAUCUAGUACAUAGGGAAAUGGCAAAUGGAAAACAAACAAAAUCUGUUCAGGUCGCCGAGUGGAUGGGAAGACGCGAGGCCUGGUCCGCGGACAAACCGACCGAUCCACGAACGAAGCCUACCCGUUGGGAGUUCCACAAUGGCCGCCAACAGUUUGACGAAAACCUAGGCGUAGUCCAUGUAACCGAUGUAGGCGAAGCGAGAGCACAUUCUGAAGAAACUCGCCGCAUACGAUCAGCCGAGGAGCAUCAAAGAAGAGUUAAAAUAAAAAAUACCCGUACAGCCAAAGACGAUACUCAUCUUAGUUUUCAUAAUUCUAGAACUAAUCUUAUUAAUGAUCGCGAUGUCUAUAUUGAGGACGUAAUCGACGAACGCGAACUAGUGGACGAAGACAACGAUGAACAGGAACAAUUUCGCCGUAGUAAAGCUAAUCGCCAACAAAGAAAACGUUACGACAGUGAAGAGAUGGCGCAAAGACAUCAAAUCGAUGAUGAUUCCAUGAGACGGCAUGAAAUCGAUAGGGGGAGUGAUAUAGAUUAUAACACUGCUCGCAGCAGCCUUAAAAAUAAGAGAGAGUUUUUUAUUAAGGAUGGAAAUGUUGAAAUAUUACAAUUAAUGACUCGCGACAAGACACGAGAUGCGGGAGCAAUAGGAGGGGCGGCCGGUGUGACAGAUGAUGAUAAUAUUUAUGUUAACGUACCACUGAAGAGUACCAAUCUCUCUCACCCGCAGUUGUUGAUGGUUGAUAAUAGUGGCAAAGAGAUACUCAUGCGUCGUUUUAUAGAAGAACAACCUGAUGGCAAGCAAAUUAUACGUGAACAUUAUCAAAUAGUUCCGGGAGCCACGUAUAUUCAAUCGAUGCCAAAUGAAAUACAGCAGAACUCGACACUGAAAGGGGAUACAUUUCCUUUGGGAAAAUCUGGUCCCAAUAGUAUUGUCUACUCACAAACGGAGCCGGAGGUGAAGGUAAUUCAUACACAACCAGCACAAGGGGCCAUUAGUACGUUGCAGGUAGAUGGUUUUCCCAGCCAGAUGCAACCAGCGACUUCUAAUCAGUCAUUGACCCUAGAAUUGGAGAAUUCUCUUAAGCAACAAAAUGAACUGUUACGGCAAAUUCUCAUGGAAAAGGAAAAAAUUGAAACUCGUUACGUUCAACAUGAAGUGGCACUCGAAACACAAAGUCUGCCCGGCCAGUCAAUGGCAAUUGCCACUCAAACUGAGUGUGAAGCUGGCACACAAACGGAGAUGGAUGAAGGCUUUUUACAGCGAACAUCUGUAAGUACGCAAGGACGAACCGUAAGACGCAGAGCACGCAGUGAAAAUGAUGAUUCAGGUUCCGAAGAAGAAGACUACGAAUAUAUUCGACUAAGUUCUCCCAACAGCCCCGAAGGAGUGGUUUAUUGUAUAAAACGCCGUAAGCCACGAAGACGUGGCAAAUACCGCAACGGAAGUCAUCCACGCAAACGAAUUGUCAUGGUGGAAGAAGUUAAACGAAAAAUUCGAACACCUAUCAAAGAAGAAGAUGACGAGGAAUAUUAUAAAGCACGAAAACGUCCAACGCCCAAAAAGCCACCACGAAAUAAUGGCGAAACAAAGGCCAGCAUCUUGAGACGUCUUAAAACUGAAGAGAAGCAACAGAAAGCUAGCUCAUCCCAUCAUAAGGAACCCUUAAACCGUGACAUACUUAUGGAAAUAUCCGAUUCUUUAGACGAGACGUACGAUACAAAAGAUAACCAAAAGCGACGAAAAAUACGUGUUGAACAAUUAGAAUACUUUGAUGAUCAAACGGACGAUGAAGAAGAAUACCACCAGCAUCACGAUGAUGAUGCUGACUACUCCAAUGAUUCUGAUGCUGGUGAAAUAGUCAUAAAAAGCAAUACUUUUACACCCAAUCAUCAAAAUCGAAUCAGAAGUGAGUCUAGAAGAAAUUCAUCGCAACAGCAUCGUUUCGAAAUUCACGUCAGCGAUGGUGGGGGCAGUGGAAGUAAUGUGGUUAAAGCCCACAAUGGCUCAAAUUCUCGUUCGUCUUCGGAACACCGAGGCGAAGCGUUACCAGAAGCCAAACCCCGUUUAUCACGUAGCGACAGCUCUCGUGCCAGCAAUGCAUCCCAACGCAAUGUCAAAAGAAAACAAACCGUCUCAGAACCUCCCAAAAGUCGAGUGUCCAUAACGAAAUACCAAACAAAUGGUGAUAAUGGUACACAAAUCACUACUACGGAAAUACAUGAAAGUCGAGUUUCACAAAGUGAAGCCGAUCUAUUGGAACGUGAAGAGGGUUCCUUUGGCAGGUCAAGAGCCGGUAGUAUACCCAAAUAUAUGGAAUGGUAUUAUGAUAAGAAAAAGCCAUCGGUUAGUGGCCGAACCUCUACCGAAUCAUCAACUAAGGGAAGCCAGCCAGCUCGAAAGAAACCACUUAACGCCAAUGCUCCUGAAAAGAAGGUCUCAAAGACACGACUUCGCAUUAAACACGUGGACGGAGCUGCCACAAAUCACGACGAUACCAAAUUUAAACCUGAACCAGCACCACGUAAAUCACCGCCCAAGGGCAAUCGUUUGCUCAAAGAAGACAUUGCCAAGAACAAACAACUUAAACCACGGAUUGAAACGGAGACCAAUCACCCCUUAGUACAACAUUCGGAACACCGUUUUGAACGUGAAUACAACCCCGAUGUUCCUGUAGCGCCGUCAAAACUGCCACACUACAUUUAUCCCGAAACGCCACCAACCUUCUCAGGCAGCAAAGAUACAAAUGCAAAAAACCCAAAACCAAAACCAUCCCCCAUCAAGGAAAACGAGGUGAAAGUUACAAACUCCUCCUCAAAAAUUAAUCUCUACAUUGAGGACUCUAAUGCCGCACACCCCACCACCUCCCACAAUUCCUCCACCUCCGUACAAAAACAACUCAAUGCUGCAACCCUCGAAGACGAUCACGAUUCUGGCAUUGCGAUGAAUUCCCUACUCAACAGCAUGGGCCGUCGGAAUCCCAUUGCCGAAAAGAAAAGUGUUUUCUCUAUUGCCUACGACGAUGUUAGUCGAGUACAAAAGAUAACAUCUGGCGGCGAAUCUCCACCACAGUAUUAGACAGCUGUCAUCUCUUUAAACCGCUAUAGACGUUAUAAACAAACGAACAUCAUUGUGAUAAACUUUACAUACAUACAUAUUUGAGAAAUUGUUUUAAAACACAAUUUAUUGCAAUUCUUUUGUUGGCAUUUACUACAACCUAUAGGUACUUAACUGAUAUACAUCUUAAGUACAUAAUUAUAUUUAAGUAUUUUAGGUCCCUUUUUGUCAUGUUCGCAACUAGUUUCAAAGCACCAUUCAUUUUUGUAAAUAAAUGUAAAUUAUUUAGAUUUAGUAUAUUUACUCCUAAGUAUCUAUAAUCGAUAUUAGUAAAUACGUAUGUAUGUAUGUAUAUAUACUACGUUUCUACUCUAUAUGUAUGUACAUAUAUUCAUUAACUUUAUAAACAUUUAAAAAUAUAAUAUUUUUUACUUAUUAAACAAAUAAACAUAAACUAUAAAAACAAAUAUUUAACACUCAAA